AUGGCCUCCACUCCCUCAAUGCUCACCAAGUUCGAGAGCAAGUCCUCGCGCGCAAAGGGAAUCGCCUUCCACCCAAAGCGACCAUGGAUUCUCGUGUCUCUGCACUCCUCGACCAUCCAGCUGUGGGACUACCGCAUGGGAACCCUCAUAGACCGCUUCGAGGAGCACGAUGGACCAGUAAGAGGCAUUGACUUCCACAAAACACAACCGCUGUUCGUGUCGGGAGGCGACGACUACAAGAUCAAGGUGUGGUCGUACCAGACGAGGAGAUGUCUGUUCACGCUCAAUGGCCAUCUGGACUAUGUCCGCACUGUCUUCUUCCACCACGAGCUGCCGUGGAUCAUCUCAAGCUCCGACGACCAGACCAUCCGCAUCUGGAACUGGCAGAACAGGUCGCUGAUCUGCACCAUGACCGGCCACAACCACUACACCAUGUGUGCACAGUUUCACCCCAAGGAGGACCUCGUAGUCUCGGCCUCACUCGAUCAGUCAGUAAGAGUCUGGGACAUCUCGGGUCUGCGAAAGAAACACUCGGCGCCAACUUCAAUGUCGUUCGAGGACCAAAUUGCACGCGCAAACCAAAAUCAGGCCGACAUGUUUGGGAACACGGACGCGGUGGUCAAGUUUGUGCUGGAGGGCCAUGACCGUGGCGUUAAUUGGGUCGCAUUUCACCCAACGCUGCCGCUCAUUGUAUCUGCCGGUGAUGAUCGACUCGUGAAGCUGUGGAGAAUGAGCGAAACAAAAGCUUGGGAAGUGGACACCUGCAGAGGCCAUUUCCAGAACGCGUCCGCUUGUCUGUUCCACCCGCAUCAGGAUCUGAUAUUGUCUGUUGGCGAGGACAAGACUAUCCGAGUUUGGGAUCUCAAUCGUAGGACGUCAGUGCAGUCCUUCAAACGGGAGAAUGAUCGAUUCUGGGUCAUUGCCGCACAUCCAGAGAUCAACCUUUUCGCAGCUGGUCACGACAACGGAGUCAUGGUCUUCAAGCUGGAGCGUGAGCGACCUGCAUCCGCCCUUUACCAGAACAAUGUUUUCUACAUCACCAAAGAGAAGCAUGUGCGAUCCUACGACUUCACGAAGAACGUGGAGAGCCCGUCAAUGCUGUCCUUGAAGAAGCUUGGCAAUGCUUGGGUUCCACCACGAACGCUCUCAUACAACCCAGCUGAACGAUCGAUCCUCGUCACCACUCCCGUCGAUCAGGGCAAGUAUGAGAUGAUGAGUCUGCCACGAGACGCCUCCGGUGCUGUUGAGCCCACGAGCACCCAUAGCGGGCCUGGCUCGGCUGCUGUCUUUGUUGCACGGAAUCGUUUCGCAGUCUUCAACUCUCAGAACCAGCAGAUCGACGUCAAGGACCUCAGCAACCAGACCACGAAGACAAUCAAGCCUCCGACUGGAACGACCGACAUGGUUUUCGGUGGCACCGGCUGUCUGCUCCUGAUUACACCCACGCACGUCUACUUGUAUGACAUUCAACAGAAAAAGCAGCUUGCAGAGCUUGCAGUCACUGGUGUCAAGUACGUUGUAUGGUCCGCCGAUGGCUUACAUGCUGCCCUGCUUAGCAAGCACAAUGUCACCAUCGUCAACAAGUCGCUUGAGCAGAUCAGCACGCUGCAUGAGACCAUCAGGAUCAAGAGCGCGGCAUGGGAUGAUGCUGGCGUUCUACUCUACUCCACUCUCAACCACAUCAAGUAUGCGCUCAUGAACGGCGACAACGGCAUUGUGCGGACACUCGAGCAUGUCAUCUACCUCGUCCGCGUCAAGGGCAAGACUGUGUACUGUCUGGAUCGCGCGGCGAAGCCAAAGGUUCUUACGAUCGACCCAACCGAGUAUCGCUUCAAGCUUGCACUCGUCAAACGCCAUUAUGAUGAGAUGCUGAACAUCAUCAAGACAUCCAGCUUAGUCGGCCAGAGCAUCAUCUCGUAUCUGCAGAAGAAGGGCUACCCCGAGAUCGCGCUGCAAUUCGUCCAGGACCCACAAACCCGAUUCGAGCUCGCGAUCGAGUGUGGCAACUUGGAUGUAGCAGUCGAGAUGGCCAAGCAGCUUGAUCGUCCCCAGCUCUGGCAGCGACUCAGCACCGAGGCGUUAGCUCACGGCAACCACCAAGUUGUCGAGAUGACCUACCAGAAGCUGCGCAACUUCGACAAGCUGUCCUUCCUAUACCUCGCUACUGGUGACCAAGAGAAGCUCAACCGCAUGGCAAAGAUCGCAGAACACAGGGGCGACCAGACCAGCCGGUUCCAGAACUCUCUGUACCUAGGAGAUGUUGAAAGCCGGAUAGAGAUGCUGAAGGAAGUGGACCAGUAUCCUCUCGCAUACCUGACCGCCAAGACGCAUGGGCUCGAAGAUGAAUGCCAGGCCAUUCUCGAGGCGAGCGGGUUGACGGAGGACCAAGUAUCACUUCCAGGACUUGGGCAGCCAGCCGCACCUCCCAAGGCUGUCGCGCCCACCUUCAAGACAAACUGGCCCACAAGAUCGACUGGUGCGAGUUCUUUCGAAAAGGCACUUCUUGCUGAGGGUGACGAAACCGUCGCACCAGACACGAAUGGCUAUGCGGAAGAGGACCUGCUGGUUGAAGACGAACUUGCGCCUACCGGAGCUAUGGACGACCAAGACGAGGAGCACGCGGCCGCCGGCUGGGACAUGGGUGACGAUGCUGUUGCUGAGGUUGAGGACGACUUCGUCAAUGUCGAGGGCCCUGAAGCGGGUGCAGGCAGCAGCGAAGCAGAUCUCUGGGCACGCAACUCACCACUGGCAGCGGACCAUGCAGCAGCCGGCAGCUUCGAUACAGCCAUGAACCUGCUGAAUAGGCAGGUUGGUGCUGUCAACUUCAAGCCGCUCGAGGACCGCUUCAUGGAGAUCUUCCAGGCCACACGAACAUAUCUACCCGCCAACCCUGGCAUGCCACCUCUUGUCAACUAUGUUCGCAGGACAUUGAACGAGACCGACUCGAGGAAGGUGCUGCCGCUCAUACCCCGUGAUCUCGAUUCUGUACAAGCUAGCGAGAUUGCUGCUGGCAAGAACGCCAUGAAGGCGAACAAGCUGGAAGAUGGUGUUGUUGCUUUCAAGAAGGCAUUGCACCUCCUCAUGGUCAACGCAGUCUCGUCACAGGCACAAGUGCAUGAGGCUACAGCUGCCGUGCAGCAAGCUGCACAAUAUGUGCUUGCGAUGACGAUCGAGCUUGAGCGACGAAAGAUUGUCGGCACACAGACAGACCUGAGCUCAUUCUCAGAUGACCAGAAGAAGCGCGCACUCGAGCUUUCAGCUUACUUUACAGUGCCUGACAUUGAGCCUCAACAUCAAACCCUAGCCUUGUUCUCGGCCAUGAACUUUGCCAACAAAAACAAGCAGCUCGGCAGCGUGCUGAACUUCGCAAAUUCACUUAUCGAGAAGGGCACCAACCAGAAGUUCAAGGACACAGCACGCAAGAUGAAAGCGGUAGCCGAGCGCUCGCCCACCGAUGCCGUGGAGAUCGAGUUCGACACAUUCGGCGAGUUCGAGAUCUGCGGUGCAUCUUACACACCCAUAUAUGCCGGCGAGGCCAGCACGAGCUGUCCAUUUGACGGCACGAAGUACCACACCAAGUACAAGGGAACCGUGUGCAAGAUCUGUGAGGUGUCAGCGAUCGGUUCGCCCAGCAGUGGCUUGAGGUUGACGGUAUGA